UUCUUGCAGGAUAAAUGCACUUGCGACUUUGGCAAGGAUCUUGAUGAUGUGGCUCAUCUGAUCGAGUGCUAUCGUCAAGAUGAAAUCGAUAUCUGGAGCGACCUCCAAUUAGCAGCCAUGGCUCCGAUCGAACGAGAAACUCUUCGCCCCAUCGUCUACUACGAGUUCCUCCAAGGACACUCUGCACUGCAUUCAAUCUGCGCUGCAUUCAAUGGCAACGUCGUCCACUAUUCCACGGUGUCUCGAUGGUUGAAACGCUUCGAAUCUGGCGACACGACCUUCGGAGAUCGACCACGCUCAGGACGUCCAUCGUCAGUUGAUGACGAAGCCCUGCGGAACGCCCUCAACGCGAAGCCGAACGCCACCACUCGCGAAUCGGUGAACUUGGAAAGUACUCGCAAAGUACCAUUCAAGGAAGCUGCUGAGAUAUAUCUCCAACGACACUACCCCAAUGCUGGAAAAGGUCACUGUUCUGUACCAUCAUGUUUCCUUCUCGAAGACCCGAUAACCGAAGCCCUUGUGAAUAAAAGGAAGAGAGAGGAAGAUGUUCAAGAUGUGGCCGUUUAUAAUGUGUUCCAGCAAGUGAAAGACCUUUGUGGUUCAGCUGCAUCCUUGGCGCUUGCUAAUUACAAGUUUUCAUUUCUUGAUCGAGAGAGUUUGUAUGAGCAGGCUUAUGACAAGUGGCUAAGUAAGGAUACGAGGAAGGAAGACUUUCUUGAGCCAAUGGAAUUACAACAUCGCUCUCACUGCAUUUCCCUUUGCUAUCCCUCAAAAGACGCUGUUUACAAUGUAUUUUUCCAAAUCAAACGAACAAAUGAGAAGGAUUCUACAUACACUUUCAAGAGGCACUUUCAGGACGCAAUCCUUCAAUGCCGCCUUGACAGACUUUUAUUUCGUACCAUGUGUGGACCCGUUCUCGAUUCAGAGGUAAAGGUUAUUGCAUUUCCAUCCUUCCCUAACAUUAAGAGAGAGGAAUUGGGGAUUUUGAUGAAUUGCAAAAUGUGCCCAAGGAGGAUCAUCACCAAAGAAGAUAUUCAGGGAUCACAGAAUUUAGGACAUUUCCUUUUCAAUAACGAGGUGAUUCAUCUUCCGGAUAGAAAUGGUGAAGGAGAUGUCAGAUUUGAGAAAUUGUUCUCCAAAGUGUUGUCCAUCUACAUCUGCGCACCUAUUACAUUUACCAUGGCAUGGACUCCUUCAAGGGAUUUUAAAGCUCCCGAAGACCAAAAGAUAUGGAGCCUUUUUACUCCCGAUCAAGAGAAGCUUGUGAAUGACCAGACAUCAUCGUCGCCCCUUCUUAUUAAUGGAGGUCCAGGCACAGGCAAGACCAUUGUCGUGAAGAAGAGAGCAGAACGACUGGCAGAAGAAGCUCUUGCAAAGGUAUUGGUGAUUAACCUGGCAGGUGGAUGUCUCACAGAAAAUCUACGUCGUGAACUUCAAGGAAAGAGAAAUAUCAUGGUGGUGGAUGGGAGGGAAAAGGGAAUCUCGAAAAACCUCGGAAGACUUCUCAACUUUCUCAAGGAAAAUGGGAAGAAUAAGCAUGUACUAAUUGACGAAGUCCCUCUCACCUUUGGCAUGGAAGUGCCUCACAAUCCUGCAAUUAUCGCCGCGCAUUGGGAGCCGGUCCUGAAUGAUAUUUCCACUUAUGUGGAGAGUCUUACUAUUGCAUUCCGUCCGAACGAUCCCUCUUAUAUCAGAAGUAUUGAUGCCCAAUCAAUCCAGAUCCCUAAUGUUCAGAUGACGUGCUUGAAUGUGGAAGAGAAACAUGUGGAUCUCCUGGAAGUGCCAAAUGAAGAUGUGAACAGCAUCCUCAACGACUUCGACGAUGACACACUCCAUCGCUUAAACGUUGUUGGAAAUUUCCUGAAGGUUUUGAGUGAACUUCAGAGGCUGUCCGAGAGGCAAAGAUCUUCGUCCACGGAUGAAAAAUCCAAACGACGUCUUGUCCUCCAAUGUCUCCUUACAUCUGGGUCCCGGGGGAACCCAGAGUCUUGUCCUCGCCCAGUUGCUGCAACGAAAUCUCUGGUAGAAUCGUGCUCUACUCAAAUGGGUGCCAGCCUCAAGUGA